UUCCAUUCAACGUCAAUCAGUGAAGCAAAUACUCAAACUCUGUGAUCGUCCAAUCCAUUCACAAUGUCGCUUAUCCCAAAUUUCCGACGAAACAGUGUCUUCGACCUCGAUCUCUGGGACCCAUUCAGGGAUUUCCAAUUCCCUUCUUCAUCUCUCUCCACAUUCCCUGAAUUUCCUGGCGAGAAUUCGGCUUUCAUCAACACCCGGAUCGACUGGAAGGAGACCCCAGAAGCCCAUGUGUUCAAGGCCGACCUUCCGGGGCUGAAGAAAGAAGAGGUCAAGGUUGAGAUUGAAGAUGACAGGGUGCUGCAGAUCAGCGGAGAGAGGAAGAUAGAGAAGGAGGACAAGAACGACAAGUGGCACCGGGUCGAGAGAAGCAGCGGCAAGUUCUCCAGGAGGUUCAGGCUUCCUGAGAAUGCGAAGGUUGAUGAGGUUAAGGCUGCUAUGGAGAACGGGGUUCUCCGUGUGACUGUUCCGAAGGCAGAGGUGAAGAGGCCUGAUGUCAAAGCCAUUGAAAUUUCUGCGUAAUCCUGCAAUUAAGAUCUAUCUUUCUCGGUUUCGCUCUCUCUCGUCCUAUCAAAAAUGAUUGUUAAUGCGUAUACGUAACUGUGUCAAUCUGUCAUGUAAUAUUAUGGAUUCGGAACUUGUAAUUUGAUAGCAUUUGCCAGUAUGUUUUGCUUUGUGCUAUAUGAAUGUGCUCUGUUUUUCUUUCACACCGAUGAAUCCAAAUAUCAAAUAGCCUGAAAUGGUUGCAAUUAUAA